AUGGUUUCGAGCGCUGCAUCCCGAGGUGAUUCGCAGGAGAGAAAAUCGUUUCUUGAUAAGCCUAGUGAGUGACUCGGUGAUGGCGGAGAGAAGUGCAAAUCCGGUGGAUUCAGGCUCCUCGAAAAAGACGAAGAGUGCUGCUGAUGCAUCGGAAAAGAGUAGCAAAUCGGAAAAGUCGGGGAAGAGUGCGGGUGAGAAAUCGGCGAAGAGCGCGGUAAGCACGACGAAGUCGGCGAAAAGUGUGAAAAGCACGGACAACUCUGCCAAAUCGGUCAAAUCGGUCAAAUCGGUCAAAUCAGAAACACGAACAAGAACUGAGAAGACGUUGAAGAGUCAGAGAACGAUGACUUCGAGCCAAAGUGUCGGAAGACGUGGUCCAAAGAUGAGUGACGGCACCGAGUUCGACACGGGGCCUUACGGUUACAGUACGUGCAUUCCUCCGUCCCUCUUCCUGCCUCCAAUUCCCUUUUUCAGUUUUUUCCUUCAUCUACCUUUUCGUCCUCUGGGGUCUCGCGAUUAUCGCCGCCAUUGGCCUCGUUUACUUCAACUACGCUCGUCUGGAUCCACAGUAUCCUUCCUACUUUGGCGACGGAUCUUUUCUCGGAAAAGUUCCGAGUGAGCCGCCCCUUUCCGGUUGACCUUUUUUCAAUUUCUCGCUUCAGAGGCCACAUUUGACCCGAACCCACGCAGAUUCCAAGAGGAAGGACCCAAAAAUUUGAUGGAAUGGAAUAUUUAUGACUUCAGGACAUAUGUCAACCUUUUGAUCCGCUACAAGCACGUGCUGAAAAGUGGGUUACGAAAGUGUUUUGCAUUAUUGAACCGGGCGAGCGUAUUCAGACUAUUCGGCGAAGAAGGGCAACAAAAAUGUGGAAAAGAAGCGAAUGUGCAAAGAAAAGAAUCUGACCAGAACGGAGGCGUGCGCGUUCGACAGAUUCGAAGGCUUCGGAGAUUGUAUCCUUUCCGAGUGAGACUUUACUAAAAGACAGGGAAUUAAUCUAGAGUUGCAGAGAAAAUUUGGAGCAUGGGUUCGGAUUUAGCAAGGGACAGCCGUGCAUUAUGUUGAAGCUGAACAAGAUCGUCGGAUGGUACCCAGACUUGAAGAACAAAACGAAUUGCAACUCGACAAAUCUCUGUUGCGGACCUGGAAUUCAGUUUAAAUGCGAAUCCAAUGUGAUCCUUCUUCUUACUUUUUCAACCUACUCUUGCCAUAACAUUCCAGGACGACGUGCAGUUCGAGUACUUGCCGAAGGACGGAAUUCCCUCCUGCUACUUCCCCUUCUCCAAUCAAAAGGGCUACGAACAGCCGUAUCAGAUGGUGAAAGUUGCCAACCUGACGUUCAACAAAGAGGUUAUCUUUUGAUUCGCAAUACAUGCUUAAUGGUUUCCUUUCAGACGACCAUCGAGUGCUACCCAACCGACCGUUCACUUCGCGAUAUCACCGAUGGGAAGCGAAACGAGGCGAGGUUCCACAUUCUGAUGAAGCACGAAUCGCCCGGAAACAUCGACGAGUAG